CUGACUUCCUGUUGUUUCUACCUUCAGUGUCUGUACAAACUGAGCAGCUUCGUGUCUGAGUCUCCACAUGAAGUGUUUGUUGUUUGACUGAUGUGGAUUCAGCGGAAUGGAUCAGUGUGAGGACAGAGGAGACCCUCCCUGGAAGACUACCAACAGGACCCCCACAGGACCUGGACCUGAGAGUCAACCCAAAGCUCAGAGACCUGGACCUGGACCUGGACCUGAACCUGCAUCUGGACCUCCAUCCAGUUGUGUGUCCUUUCACAGUGACGAUUCCAAAGAGCAAAUGAUAUAUUUUAAAGAUGAUCGUCCAUCAGAGUCAGUGAUCCACCAGAGAUCAGAGUCCUCUGGACCUGGACCUGGACCUGGACCCAGCUGUGUGUCCUACAGCAGUGACUGGUCCAUGGAGCCACCAUUCAAUUUCCAAACAUCGACCCAACAUCCAGUGAACAUGAGAUGGAGAGUGGAGCAGCAGAGCUCAGAGGUUCCCACUGGUCUACAGGAUCAGACUCAGCUGGACUCCAUAUUUAAGCUGCUGGAGGAGAACAUCUGCACUUUUGUCAAGAACGAACUGAAGAAGUUCCACCAGGUUCUGAGUGCAGAUUACCCAGAAGACUUAGAGAAUCUGAGUGAUGAGGAUGAAGAGCAGAGGAGGAGCUCAGAGGCUUUUCUGAAGAUCACACUGAACUUCCUGAGGAGGCUGAAGCAGGAGGAGCUGGCUGAGCGUCUGCGCCGCAGAAGUCAGGCUGGAGUUCAGCAGAAACUGAAACAUAACCUGCAGCAGAAGUUUGAGUGUGUGUUUGAGGGCAUCGCUAAAGCAGGAAACCCCAAAACCCUCCUGAACCAGAUCUACACAGAGCUCUACAUCACAGAGGGAGGGGCUACAGAGGUCAACCAGGAACAUGAGGUCAGACAGAUUGAAACAGCAUCCAGGAACCCACACAGACCACCAACAACCAUCACAUGUGAAGACAUCUUUAAAACACCACCUGACAGAGACCAGCCAAUCAGAACAGUGCUGACAAAGGGCAUGGCCGGCAUCGGGAAAACAGUCUUAACACAGAAGUUCAGUCUGGACUGGGCUGAAGACAAAGUCAACCAGGACAUCCACUUCAUAUUUCCAUUCACCUUCAGAGAGCUGAAUGUGCUGAAACAGAAGAAGUUCAGCUUGGUGGAACUGGUUCAUCACUUCUUCACUGAAACCAAAGAUGCAGGAAUCUGGAUCUUUGAAGACCUCCAGGUGGUGUUCAUCUUAGACGGUCUGGAUGAGUGUCGACCUCCUCUGGACUUCAACAACACUCAGAUCCUGACUGAUGUGACAGAGUCCACCUCAGUGGAUGUGCUGCUGAUGAACCUCAUUAGGGGGAACCUGCUUCCCUCUGCUCGCCUCUGGAUAACCACACGACCUGCAGCGGCCAAUCAGAUCCCUGCUCAGUGUGUCAACAUGGUGACAGAGGUCAGAGGGUUCACUGACCCACAGAAGGAGGAGUACUUCAGGAAGAGGUUCACAGAUGAAGAACAGACCAACACAAUCAUCUCCCACAUCAAGACGUCACGAAGCGUCCACAUCAUGUGUCACAUCCCAGUCUUCUGCUGGAUCACUGCUACAGUUCUGGAGGACGUGUUGAAGACCACAGACAGAAGACAACUGCCCAAGACCCUGACUGAGAUGUACAUCCACUUCCUGGUGGUUCAGGCCAAAGUCAAGAACAUCAAGUAUGAUGGAAGAUCUGAGACAGAUCCAUACUGGAGUCCACAGACCAGGAAGAUGAUUGAGUCUCUGGGAAAACUGGCCUUUGAGCAGCUGAAGAAAGGAAACCUGAUCUUCUAUGAAUCUGACCUGACAGAGUGUGGCAUCGAUAUCAGCUCAGCCUCAGUGUACUCAGGAGUGUUCACAGAGGUGUUUAGAGAGGAGAGAGGACUGCACCAGGACAAGAGGUUCUGCUUUAUCCAUCUGAGUGUCCAGGAGUUUCUGUCUGCUCUUCAUGUCCAUCAGACCUUCACCAACACUGGAGUCAAUCUGCUGUCAGAAGAACAAACUUCUGUUUGGUCUAAACUAUCAAAGGUCAAACCUGCCCAGUUCUACCAGACCGCUGUGGACCAGGCCUUACAGAGUCCAAAUGGACACCUGGACCUGUUCCUCCGCUUCCUCCUGGGUCUAUCACUGCCAACCAAUGAGAGGCUUCUACAAAGUCUGGUAAAACCAACAGGAACUAGCUUGAAUACCAGUCAGAAAACUGUUGAGUACAUCAAGCUGAAGAUCAGUGAGAAUGUGUCUGCAGAGAGAAUCAUCAACCUGUUCCACUGUCUGAAUGAACUGGAGGAUGAAUCUCUGGUGGAUCAGAUCCAACAGAACCUGAGAUCAGGACGUCUGUCCACAGAAAAACUGUCUCCUGCUCAGUGGUCAGCUCUGGCCUUCAUCUUACUGUCAUCAGAAAAAGACCUGGAUGUGUUUGACCUGAAGGAAUAUUCUGCUUCAGAGGAGGUUCUUCUGAGGCUGCUGCCAAUGGUUAAAGCCUCCAACAAAACUCUACUGAGUGGCUGUAACCUGUCAGACAGAAGCUGUGAAGGUCUGUCCUCAGUCCUCAGGUCCCAGUCCUCUAGUCUGAGACAUCUAGACCUCAGUAACAAUGACCUGAAGGAUUCAGGAGUGAAGAUCCUGUCAGAUGGACUGAAGAGUCCAGGAUGCAGACUGGAGACCCUCAGACUGUCAGGAUGUCUGAUCACAGAGGAAGGAUGUUCUUCUCUGGUCUCAGUCCUAAAGUCCAAUCCGUCCCAUCUCAGACUGUUGGACGUGAGCUACAACCACCCAGGAGACUCAGGACAGGAGCUGUCUGCUCUGCUGGAGGAUCCACACUGGACACUGGACACUCUCAGGUUGGAGCCUGGUGGAGUCCGAUGGUUGAAACCAGGUCUGAGGAAGUAUUUCUGUGAACUCACCCUGGAUCCAAACACAGCGAACAAAUACCUCAAACUGUCUGAAAACAACAAGAAGGUGAAACGAGUGUUUGAGGUUCAGUCCUACCCUGAUCAUCAGGACAGAUUUGAGUUCCAUCCUCAGCUGAUGAGUUCAACUGGUCUGACUGGUCGCUGUUACUGGGAGGUGAAGUGGAGUGGAGAGGUUGAAAUAGCAGUGACUUACAGAGGAAUCAGAGGGAAAGGAAACAGUAGAGAGUGUAGGUUUGGAUUCAGUGAUCAGUCCUGGAGUCUGGAGUGUUAUGAAGAUGGUUACACUGUCAGCCAUAAUAACAACUACACAAUCCUUCCUCAGUCCUCCUCCUCCUCCUCCUUGUUCUCUUCUUUUGCCUCUGGUAGAGUAUCAGUGUAUGUGGACUGUCCUGCUGGAUCUGUGUCCUUCUACGAAGUCUCCUCCAACAAACUGAUCCACAUCUACACCUUCAACACCACAUUCACUGAACCAGUGUUUGUUGGGGUUGGACUCAAUGAAUGUGACUCCUCAGUGUCUCUGUGUGAUGUGUAGAUGUGUUUGUACAGAUGGUUUGCGUGUAGUUGUGAUUGUGUAGAUGUCUUGGUGUAGAUGUGUGUUUAGAUAGAUCCCUUUGUUGUCAUUCCAGGACACAUGCAAAAUAUCAGUGUACUUGAACGAAAUUUCGUUGCAUGACUCUUGAACACAAUAUAAAAAAAACACUUGUGAAAUGUUCAAUCUCAAUAUGUAAUAAAACAUGCUAUGUAAUAUAAAAAGUGCUGUGUUAUAUAAAAGUGUUGUGUGCACACUAGUAAAAAAAUGUUUUUAAAAGUGCAACAUCUGUUUAAAAUUCUAUAAAAUAGUUCUAGCAACGGAUUUUUAGUCUUUCAUUCCCUGUGGGUGUUUGGCUUCCCUUAUUGUGAGUUCAGGAGUCUUAUGGUUUGAGGGAUGAAGCUGUUGCAGAAUCUGGCUCUUCU